UCAAAUAUGAGUUUCCCUAAGUCCAAAGACAUUUCUUGUGAGCUUCCCACCAUAUGGGAGCAUAUACCACUAGAAGUGGCAGCAGAUAUGACUUGUAACAGAACCAUUGAAAUGUGGGAAACUCGUAGUGUAAUCUUGAAGGCCAAUCUACAAUGUCUAAAUUAGAAUUAUUCACUUUCACAUUUUCAGUGGAACACCGCAAUGCAACAACAACAAAAAUGUCAACCUGCAUUAGACAUGAAAUCUGUUGCCACAGUUGUGAAACUACAACUUCACUGAGUCUUAAAAUGAACCAACAGGACCUACCGAAACAAAACCCACACAAGUGGGCUGGGCUGUAACGUAUUAGGGUAUCCCAUAAUUGUUCAGAUAUUACAUUGGUUUAAAACAAUAACCAAAACCCUCUAAUAAUUGGUCCAGCUGACCAUUUUCAGGGAAAAUUAUGUCCAAGGUGUAAUUGGAAUGAUUAAAUAAUGGUCAUUUAGUAGACAGAAUAACGGUCCAUGCAGGAAUCAAACCCAUAACAUUAGGGAUGCCAGCAUCAUGCUCCAACAAGCUGGACCAUCAAAACCAUAAAAUUAAACAAAAACUAUUCUACAAUAUAGAACAAUACAAAGAAAACUCACCUUGGCACUGCUGUGGCUAUCUCUAGCUCUGUAGACUGACUCCCAAUAAUGUGUCAGAAAGAGAGGUUGAGGUUCAGAUGGAGAGAGAGGUGGGGUUUCGUGGUUGAUUAUGUGUCUCAAUGAGUCAAUGCUGAACGUCACACAUCAAUCCCCUGCUCUGAGACAGAGCAGCCCGACAAAUGAAGAGUGGCUGAGGAAGUGAGGGAUGAGACACAGAGACAAGAAAGAGGGCAAUUAUCUGAGAAGUCAACUGCUUGUAGAAGCGUAGGCGCACAUCUCCAUUGUGAGGAACACUAAAGGCAGCUUGUUAACUACUGAAAGACACAACGCACCAGUUGAGGUACUUAACAAGCUGUUCAUUAUCACAUUUUCUGAGCUCAGAGCUGAGGUGGUUGCUAAUGGCACAUUGCCCUUUAGGUUCUGUAGAGGUCUGCCCUAGCACUCUAUUUUACAUAUCUAUGGCAGCACAGCGAAUGAAUAGACUAUCCUCACCGCAUACCUGAAUAACAGGUAGUGUGUGUGUGUGUUAUUUCAAAUAGGAAAAUCUAUAGGCCUCCAUCCCAAAGUGGGAGCGGAAAUGAUUGUCACCAUCUUAUUCCAUGUAAUUGGGAGUUUGGGGUGAACUAUUCCUUUAAAUAUAUACACUGUGCUUAUCAUUGUAAAUUCAACUUACCACAUGUAACCAAAGGAGGGAAGUGUGGUUUCAGGAGUGGCAUCUAUUUUUAGUGCAGCCACAUGCGUGAGACCAGGGUCUACUCUGCCUUUGAGAAACGGCAUGUUGUUGGUAUAGAUUUGCUGACUUGUACUGUGGACCAUUACUUUGAACUUUGACCAGCCAAGCAGACCUGCCUGACCUCUGAGAACCUGCCUCUUAUUGGCUGAGAAUUCCAUUGACCCACCCUUCCGUGUCCUCCAGCAGCAAGCACUGUGAAUCUUGUGCCUCUGCCACUGCUGUGUUCCAAGCGGUGGAUGAGACAGCUAAGUUGUAAGUAACCAUGAGUCGAGCCUGGGCCUUGUUUAAGGCCCACCCCUACAUCAGCAAUGUGGUUGGAUACACAACCCUGUUCGCAUCCGCGGACCUCAUACAGCAAAGCAUGCAUGGAGGGAAACAGAGUGGAGGAUUAAACACAGACAAGAGAACACACACCAUCCAUGACUCAGAGGGGGCCAAGUUUAACAUGGAGGGAACCAAUAUUUCCACUGGUACUAAAAGUGUCACAACAUGGGCUGAUAUUGACUGGUCCCAGACUGCUCGAGUGGCCUUUGUUGGGUUCUGUUUCCAUGCCAAUUUCAACUACCAUUGGCUGAAGGGGCUGGAGAGGAUGUUGCCAGGGGGAGGGGCCAAAAGGGUGUCAGGGAAGGUAGUGCUGGAUCAACUGGUUGCUGCCCCCGCUACUAUCAGUGCCUUCUUCAUAGGUCUUAGUGUAUUAGAAAACAAAGAGGACCCAUUGGAAAACUGGAGGGAGAAAUUCUGGACUUCAUACAAGACUGGAGUGGUGUACUGGUCAACAAUGCAGGCAUUGAAUUUCUCCCUGGUUCCCCCAGUUGCUCGUACAGUGUUUGUGGGUGGCAUCACGCUGGUGUGGACAGUAUUCCUGUGCCAUUUCAGACAGCAGAAAGAUGAUACACAAACCAAACCCCCCUCUCACUGAUAUGGAUGCCAUUGGAUGAAUUGUGACAAUUAUUUAAUUGAAUAGCUUUUAUGUGCUGCACGCUUAUAACUUGAUUAAAGUAGUU